AUGCCUCUAAAAAUUUGUCUUCGACGACUGAAACUUUGCCAUUUCCAUAGCAUAUGGAUUUUCGCAUCUUUUGCCAGCGUUUUAGCUCAAGGAUGCACGAGAACCAACUCGAUUGAGAAUUACAAACUACUGGGACACACAAUCACAAGCCAGGUCGAAAAAGACAUUUGGAGUUGUUUCCAAUUGUGUAAAAGUAACGUCAAGUGUCAAAGUAUUAACUACAACGCAGAAAAAUCCAUUUGCGAGUUGAAUAACAGAACUAAAAAGGGGAAUGAAGUCCGGUUUGUUCCAUCAGACGGAAACGUGUAUGUGGACAAUCCCUUCAGAAGUAAGUCGAAAAAUAUCAUAUCUUAAUAUUAUGUUUUCACCAAGUCGUUAAGUUUUAAAUCAAAAGGCCAUAAUUUAUCUAGCUAGUUAGCUGCAGAAAUUUAAGUCUCCCACAAAAUUAGAUGUCAAAGUAACUCAGACACUAAACAAAUAUUGCGCCAUUUUAAAUUAGUGGUCAUGGCAAUUUGGUAAAGGACUGUCAAAAAAUCCUUCCAGAUUAAAACCUGUCGUUUCAAUUUUGACAAACGGGGUUUUUUUUUGAAAAAGAGCUAAUCAGAGGUGGGCAUUUUGCAUCGUAUACGAAAUGUUUCUUUUCAUGAACAAAUAUUUCGCUCCUAUUGAUUCAGUAUUUUUACAACCUUUCCACGGAUUUUUUUCCACGUUUACACCUUUAAAGAUAAUUGAACGGAAAAGCUAUGAGGAUGGAUAAAAUAAUUGGGCUAUUUUUAUUGGAUUUUAUUGCUUCAUUCCUCCAAUCUAUUUUUGUAUUAGGCCGUAUAGGCGAAGAAGAAGACUUUCCUGGUUUGUCUUGUAAGGAUAUAAAAGAUUCGCAGGAGAACUCUCCCAAUGGAGAAUAUUGGAUCGCUCCAUCCUACUCUGAUGCCCCUUUUACAGUUUUCUGUGAUAUGCAAACAAACGGAGGUACGAUAAAUGAAAUACAGGAAAUGGUUUGAACGCAAGAGCAACAAUUGAUUGUGUUGUGUGAUUGAGUAAUCUUAAGAAGGAAUGCUGACUGUAAUAGUGACUGACGUUUCGACAACCAAAACGGAAAUUACAAUCAAAAUAACUUGACUCUGAUGAUGACUUCCGCUCAAGUUCGUAAGUCGUCUGCUAAGUGCAAUUUUUUUUUUCCUGCACGGGAACAAAACGGGCAUUCGUGAGCGGGUAAGAUGAGUCCAUCUUGCCCGUUCGGGUAGCCAAUCAGAACUCGCUUAUCUUUCGUAUAUGUACGUAAUUCCUGCCUGAGGUGUAUUUCACUCUGAGCCGGCUGAUAUCUGGCUAGUUUUAUUCUGAGUUUCAGUGUCACAAAUUUUUUUCAGGUGGCUGGACUCUGAUCGCACAAACUGUAGUCAAAAACACCACGUCAUUAACGCCAAUGGCCAGAGAGAAAAACUACAGAAUGAUAAGUAAUUACAGCAAAGGAAUCAUACGUAUUGAUGUGUCUGCAAUAUUUAAGUUAAAACAACUCACGGGUUUCACGCAGAUACGGUUCUACUGCCAUAAAAAAACCACAGGCAGGACUCUUCAUAUUAUGACCAAAAACGACAUCAAUGGACACAGCGUGGUGAAAUAUUUCAUUGAAGAUCCUAACAUUCAGCCAAGAGCUUGUGCCUCGUUUGAAAGGUUACCUGGGGAUAAUGCUUAUCUUUCGGUUAACUGUUCAAAAUGGGGGAAUGAUGGGAUACGUGGUGAAUGUGAGAAGUGGGGAAGUUUCAAAAAUAAGGGCAGUUUUCGUAUCUAUAACGAUCCGAUAUUCUGGGAAGGCAAAUAUUAUGUGAACAUAAAACCUUCUGUCUUGGCCUGUGACGAUUUAUACAGUUCCUCAGCCCCUCUGUCCGUAGGAGAUACAUGGCAGGUCUUUGUUCGUUAACUAUUUGAAAAAGAGAUCAGAAACUAAGCAGUUGGCAACGAGACACGCCUCGUAUAGAGGUUGAGACUCCGAUGUGAAAUAUAAAACAGUAAACAAUGGUCGCUGUAAAACUCAUUAAUAAUUCCAUAGUACUACACAGAUUACAACUUGUGACUUAUUCGCAAAGGAACUGUGUACGGAAAACUUCCAAGCCAACCGCGCAUGACUCCAGGCAACUUUAACUACGUAAUGUCAGAAACCGUAGACAAACAAAAGACAAACCAAACUUUGUCACCUGAACUAGUAAAAUACUGAGACGAAUCGCAAAGGCUGACGGAAUUUUGCGAUCGAAUUGAAAACUCUCCAUACUCACGAUUUUUCGAGGAAGCAUGCCCCCCCCCCUCCCCGCUUCCUGUUUCAGCCCACUGAUAGUUAUUUACAUUGUGCAUACGUUC